CAGGUGGCUGUUGUGGCUCUGAUGUAAAGCAGUAUGUAUACGGAGGCUGGGCCUGGGCUUGGUGGUGCAUUACUGACACCCAAAGGAUUUCCCUAGAGAUAAUGACGUUACAGCCCAGGUGUGAGGACGUAGAGACGGCGGAGGGGGUAGCUUUAACUGUCACAGGUGUGGCACAGGUGAAGAUAAUGACUGAGAAGGAGCUCCUGGCUGUGGCCUGUGAGCAGUUCUUGGGGAAGAACGUGCAGGAUGUGAAGAACGUGGUCCUUCAGACGCUGGAGGGGCAUCUGCGCUCCAUCCUAGGUACCCUGACAGUGGAGCAGAUCUACCAGGACAGGGAUCAGUUUGCCAAGCUGGUGCGGGAGGUGGCAGCUCCUGACGUGGGUCGCAUGGGUAUCGAGAUCCUGAGCUUCACCAUCAAGGAUGUCUACGAUAAAGUGGAUUACCUGAGCUCCCUGGGAAAGACUCAGACUGCCGCUGUCCGAAGGGAUGCAGACAUCGGUGUGGCAGAAGCCGAGCGAGAUGCUGGCAUUCGGGAGGCAGAGUGCAAGAAGGAAAUGUUGGAUGUCAAGUUCAUGGCAGAUACCAAAAUAGCAGAUUCCAGACGGGCUUUUGAAUUGCAGAAGGCUGCCUUCAGUGAGGAGGUCAACAUUAAGACUGCGGAGGCCCAGCUGGCCUACGAGCUCCAGAGCGCCCGGGAGCAGCAGAAGAUCCGCCAGGAGGAAAUUGAAAUCGAGGUGGUGCAGCGCAAGAAGCAGAUCGACGUCGAAGAGAAAGAGAUCAUCCGGAUGGAGAAGGAGCUGAUAGCCACUGUGAAGCGGCCGGCCGAGGCUGAAGCCUACCGUAUCCAGCAGAUUGCUGAGGGCGAGAAGGUGAAGCAAGUCCUCAUUGCUCAGGCGGAGGCAGAAAAGAUCCGCAAGAUCGGAGAAGCGGAGGCCUUCGUGAUUGAGGCCAUCGGGAUGGCGGAGGCUGAGAGGAUGAAGCUGAAGGCUGAAGCACUCCAGCAGUAUGGAGAAGCUGCCCAGCUGGCUCUAGUGCUGGAUGCGUUGCCUGAGAUUGCUGCUAAAGUGGCUGCCCCCCUCUCCAAAGUGGACGAGAUCGUUAUUCUCAGUGGAGAGAGCAGCAACACAACGUCCGAGGUGAACCGUCUGCUGGCCGAGAUCCCCGCCUCCGUGCGUGCCAUCACCGGCGUGGAUCUCACCAAGAUUCCCCUGAUCCAGAAAGCCACCGGGGCGCAGGCAUGAGGCUGGCCAACCCAAAGCUAGUGAAGAUCACUCCCUGUUAUGCACUCAGACAUCAACUGCCUUCAACACGUGGGAAUUCCUUUUAUAUCAAAGACAAUUGGAGUUUCAUUUUUAA